GCUCGCUGGCAACACCACAAGACGGUGGCUGGGUGAGAGCUCAAGCGAAGAGGGUGAUACAGCAAACAUUGGAUUAAAGCAUAAAUAUAACGGAAUGGAUUAAACUAUCUGUACCAUAAACUAAAGGAGCCGUUUGACCUAGAACAUCUGCACAUCGCCCGCAGACUGUUUAAAUUCAUUUAGCUAGUAAGUUUGCGUUUUUUUUAAAAUAAUGCGACUCAACGCCUGGCAGUGAUGGAGGUGGUCUCUUGGUGCACUAGCGGCGGAUUUGUGUUAUUAGCAGUUUUUGUGUUGUAAGGUUAUUUGCAACAGAGCUUGAAUAGAAAUAUUUAAGGUGAAGAAAUGUCGGACUCUGUUUAGACCACUUGCAAGAACAAGCGCGCCUGGAGCUAACUGUUAGCUAGCUAACUGACGAGCUUCGUUUGCAAGUACUGCGGGCUCUCAGACGGCUAUUCGGCGUCGUAUUGUAGGGGAUACCUUCAAAAAAAAAGUUGAAUGGCGGAGGCUUACGUUCAUAUCCGAAGCGAUUUGUGAAUUUUUGUGGUGGUGGUGUUAUAUUUUGGCAAACGGUACCGGCUGCCAGCCCUGGUUCCGCGAUAACAGCUGCGCUGUCACUUGUAUUUACAACUCAGUCAGAAACUACCCCUGGAAAUUUACAAAAUGCAUCAUCCGGACUCUGCAGGAGAUUCGGCUGGCUCUAGGAAGAUGGCGCACCCGGCAAUAUUUACGAGAAGAGGUAGCAACCCCGGUACCGGUGUCUCCGCGUUGACAACAGUGGCAAGUACGAGCAUGGGCAAUAAUCUUGUCCCGACUGAUGAUUACCAGUCUCCCGUGAUGAUGCAGCCCCCGCCCCCGGCCGGGUCCUCCUCUCCGGGCCCCCAGCACCCUCCCCACAGUCUUAACCUGCUACCCCAGUCCCAGCUGCAGCCGGCGAAUCUGCCCCCGACUGGAGCUCAGAUUAAGAAGAAGAGUGGCUUUCAGAUUACCAGUGUAACGCCAGCGCAGAUCUCUGUCAGCACCAACAAUAGCAUCGCGGAAGACACGGAGAGUUAUGACGAUCUGGACGAGUCCCACACGGAGGAUCUGUCCUCAUCCGAGAUCCUGGACGUGUCGCUGUCCCGGGCCACUGACCUGCCGGAGAGGAGUUCUUCAGAAGAGACCCUCAGUAAUUUACACGAUGCAGAGACCCCCGGCACCAUCUCCCCCAAUCAGCCCCCGCACCCCCUGGCCCCACCGCCAACGCACAACGCCAUGGUGAACGGGACUGUGCCUCACCACCAUCACCACCACCACCACCAUGGCCGUCACCACCAAGUGCCCACCCCCCACUCCGGGGCAGGACCCCCUCCCGUUGCUGGCUCUGGGGUGCCAGUGGGGGGUGCUAGCGUUCCUGCUACCCUCCCCUGCACCUCUGGAGCUUUGCCCAGCGGUGCCCAGACCUUACCUGCGGGCGCAGGGGCCGUUUUGGAGAAUGCUUGUGCUGUGGGCGGAGCCGGACCCAUGACCCAGCCCCCAGGGGCCCCCGCCGGAGCGGCUGUGGGGGCGAAUGUUAGCGCGGCGAAUCCCAGUGCUGGAAGUGUGAGCGCGGUGAGCUCUGGCCUGGGGAGGACCAGCAGCUCCAGCAGCAGUGGUGGCCUCUCUCCCAGCCCCAUGACCCCCGUGCCAGGGAACGGCAGCCAAAACACCACCCCAAUACCGCAGUCGGGUGGGACAGUGAGUGCCAGUGUUGCCAUGCCAACCGCCAGCUCCGGUGUGACGGGCCCAGCGGGUGGGGGUCAGAUUGGGGCGACGGGCGCCCCCCCUGGCCCGACCCCAUCGCAGGCCCCCAUGGCCGCUGGCUCCCGUUUCAGGGUGGUGAAGCUGGACUCCAGCUCUGAGCCCUUCCGGAAAGGCCGCUGGACGUGCACGGAGUUCUACGACAAGGAGAGCGCCGUGGCCCCGCCCCCUGCCCCGCCCCCCGACGCCACGCCGUGCUCGGAGCCAGAGAGCGCCAGCGGCAGCAUUGUCAGCACGCUCAGCCACUACAGCGAGAGCGUGGGCAGCGGGGAGACGGGCGGCCCCCCCGCACAGGACUACGGCCAGGUCUCCGCCCCCGGCCCGCCCCCGACCUUAGCCCCGCCCCAGGAAGUCAUGACCUCGCUCCAGCAGCCUGGCGCGGCUCCCUCCCCUGGCCCCGGGCACCCCCAGCCCGUGAGCUACCCCCAGGGCCUGCAGCCGGCUCCAGUGCAGGUGGGGUACCCUGCUGCCCAGCAGCCUGCAGCACCCCCCCCAGCCAAUCCCGCGCUCGUCCUGCCCGUCACCCAGGGGGGCGGCUUGCCCCCCGACUUUGCGCAUCACCUGCCUGUCGUCCAACCCGCUGCCUCCGGGACAUCCCACCUGCUGCCCCCCGCGCCUGGCUGUGUGCCCCCUGCCGUGGCUCAGCCCCUCCCCCAUGCACAGGGCGUCGCUCUUCCACCGAUGUUGCCUGGCAACGUACCGGACCUGACUCAGACGCCCCCCCAGCAGCACCCCCCGGAGCCGCCGCCUCCCGCUGCGGUCGCCCCCAGCCAGGCCCCGCUCAGCGCGGCUCCCCGUCCCGCGGCCGACCCCCGGCCCCGCGCCGGCCCGCUGCCCCCCGCCAGCGCCCUGUACGCCAGCCUGCCCUCCUUUACCGCCUCCCAGCUGCAGGACGCCCAGCGGCUGCUCUUCCAGCACCCGGCCCUGUUCUCCCUGCCCAAGCUGGCAUCCUCCGAACACGCCGUCUCCCUGGCGCCCGAGGACAGCGCCAGCGCCUUACCCGGGUCAGCCGGCCUCUUCCCCCUGAAGAGCCUUCCUAUGGAUGGAGAGGAGGGCAGUUCCUCGGGGGCCAGCGUCGUAGCCAUAGACAACAAAAUUGAACAAGCAAUGGACCUGGUGAAGAGUCAUCUGAUGUACGCGGUGCGUGAGGAGGUGGAGGUUCUGAAGGAGCAGAUUAAAGAGCUGAUCGAGAGGAACUCGCAGCUGGAGCAGGAGAACAACCUGCUGAAGAACCUGGCCAGCCCCGAGCAGCUGGCGCAGUUCCAAGCGCAGGUUCAGAGCAGCUCCCCGCCUUCGUCUGCGCAGCCCCCAGCCCCGCCCACCUCCCAGAGCGCAGGCCCGUCUGCGUAGCCCCGCCCAUCUCCCAUAGCGCGGGCCCGUCUGCGUAGCCCCGCCCACCUCCCAGAGCGCGGGUCCGUCCGCGUAGCCAUGGCAGCAGAACCGCGAGCAGACGGACUUGCGCUCAAACACAAACACACCACAAUCACAGGAGCUUUCUGCACAAGAUUUUGCACAUAUUUAACUCACAAAAUGUGACCAGCAUUACGGUUUUUUUGGGGGAGGACGUUACACGCCUUUUAGACAAUCGUCUUCAGUAAUGAAACCAUUAUCAUGGGCAGGUGAACAUUUACCAAAAUCUGUGGACUGCUGAGAAAUCAUGGUUAUAAUUUCGGACCGAAGCACCGUACCUGUGUCAGCGGAUUUCAGGCGAUGUUGAUCAGUGGGGACUCUUUUUUUUUUUUUUUUUUUUUUUUUUUUUUUUCAUGGCUGUGAUCUGAAAUCAGAACAAGCACUUUCCUGGUGACAGAUGUGAAGAUGCAGAGGACCUCCCAUCUGGUAUGGGAACUGUGGAGGAGACGUUUAGAAUCUUAGCAGCACUGUCACCAGUCUCUCCUCGCGGGGGCGUCGGCCUGCCAGGGGAGGGGAUGCCUUUUUCAGUAUUUAAGACUCAUUCUGCCCUCUUCCUUUCUGCUGGGACGUCCCGCUUUGGGACGGAGGCACGCGUUUGAGGCUCAGCGGAGCUUCACUGAAGGUUCGGCUUGUGUACAUUUGUGUAUUUAGUGUAAGUACUCUUGUAAAAUAGCAACAACAGAAAGAAGGAUUAGGGAAUAAUCCUGUAUGUAAUUAGGCUGUACAGAUUGACAUGGAGCUGUUAUUGGGCUGUUGUGGGGCUUUUUAAUGCUGUAAAUCAGAAAUGCAGCUUCGCUUCAGUGCGACAGCCUUUCGCUUCCCUGGCUGCAUUCAGUCCUCCUGUGAACUCUUCUUCACUUGAAAUCAUUUUUGAGUGUCGCAUCCUUAUCAUUUUCUUUUGACAGUGAAGCACUCCGGAUGUUCAACUGUAAACCUAGUCUCAAUAUCAUAAGAAACAAUGCAAACCUGAAAUGGAUCUUCCUCUACAGCACGUAUGAGCUGUACGCCAUCUUCUGUGCAUGCUACUCAGACAGAGAAAACGUUGUAAGAUAAUUCAAAUGCACUUGACAGUUGCACUUCUCAACUUUCAAUAAAAGUGGGGAAAAAUGAAAUUGAA